AGCACAUAUUUCUCUUUAUAAUUCAAAGGUGUAGUUUGGCAUCAACCUUUCGGAUCAAGCCUUCUCUUCACAUUUUCUAGACCUCGUUGGUUUUUCCCUCGUUCAAUUUCAAUACAGUAGCAAUGGCUCGAGGAAGUAUAAUAUGUUUGGUUUUUGCUGCUCUCUGUCUUUCUUCUGUAUCUGCAACAGUGAAGAUCGCAGCUUUUAAUGUACAGACGAUGGGGGUCAGCAAAAUGGGAAAGCCUGAAGUAGUCAACGUGUUGAAGCAGAUAAUCUCAUUCUACGACAUGGUCUUAAUCCAAGAGAUCAGAGACAGCUCAGGAGAGGCUAUCGUUGAGCUCUUAGAAGAAGUCAAUAGUUAUUCAUCGGAAGAAUAUGAUAUGGUGAUAUCUUCACGAGCCGGACGCAGUUCCUACAAAGAGCAAUACGCAUUCUUCUACAAGAAUAACAAGAUGACCGUUUUGGAUUCUUUUGAGUAUCCGGAUAACGGAGAUCGGUUUGAGAGAGAGCCUUUCGUCGUUAGGUUUUCUGCCCCUUCUACACGUGUUGGUGAGUUUGUAGUGAUGGCGCUGCAUGCUAAACCUGACGAUGCUGUAAAUGAACUUGAUCUUAUGGCUGAUGCCUAUGAUUAUACCGUCAACCAAUGGGGAAUCAGGGAUGUUGCUAUCAUGGGUGAUUUGAAUGCAGACUGUUCUUACGUAGGAAGUGAUGACUGGCAAAAUAUCCGACUUCGCACUCAAUCAAAAUUUGACUGGGUUAUACCCGAUUCGGCUGAUACAACGGUCUCUGGAAACACCAAUUGUGCAUACGACAGAUUUGUAUUAGCUGGAUUAAAUCUAAAGGCUAUGACUUCGGGUGCUGGUGUCUUUUACUUUGACGAUUUCUUUGGUCUCGACUAUACAGCAGCAAAGGCUGUGAGCGAUCACUACCCCGUAGAACUUACUCUUGAUUAAAAACGUCAUGGAAAUUAUUCACCAAUUGCUGAAGAUGGUCGGACAAUUUUUUUCUUGAAACAUGCUGAAAAUAAAGGCUUGAUACUGCUGAGGACAAUUACCCCAAUUCUCAUCUUAAUUCAGUCAAACAUAUCAAACAUAUUAUGGGGCUAAUGAUUAAAUGGAUUAUUCUAUUAUUUAUCGAUGAGCACGUUGGUUCGUUUUGUUUCUGUUUGGGGUCAAUGUUAUCCUGGCAUAUUAUGAGUCAACUUAUACCGUAGAAGUAAUCAUAGAUGAGAGAAAAGGGAGUUCCUCACCCCUCCAUUCCCUCCAAAAAUUUCAACUUCAAAGAAAUCAAAAUUGAAAAGAAGGAGAAAAGAAAGGAAAGGAGUGAUUAUGAUACUAUUUUGUGAAUGAUAUGAAGAAAAUAUCAAAUGAUAAGAAUUGCAUUUAAAAUGAUGAACAG